AUGGGAGAGGAGAGGAAGGCAGGGGAGCAGGCGGCGGAGGCGGCAGCGCGCGCGGCGGAGCAGGCGCGGGAGCUGCAGGACGCCACCGCCGCGCUGCUCUCGCGGACGUGGGCGGAGGAGGAGGCGCUGCGCCGCCGCGCCGCCGCGCUCAGGGAGGACCUCGCCCGCCUGCGCAAGGCCGCCGCCAACGCACAAACCGAAAAGGUCCACGAGGACUUGGAUCGAGCGUCAUGCCUCAUAAGUGAUGGUGACAUUGCGACGAUUCUCCCUAACAAGGCGCAUGGCACUUUUUUGAAGCUGUUAUUGGGACCAGUGAAUCUCCGCGCAAGGAAGGAGGUACAGCUCAAGGUGAAGGAGGAAUACAAUAGCUACAGGGAUAGGACUGCCAUAGUGUUUCUUGGUUUUCCGAUGAUUCUGUUGUUUCUUCGGUCAUGGCUAUGGAAUGGAUGCUUUCCAGCAUUGCCAGUUCAGCUAUAUCAGGCCUGGCUGUUACUCCUCUAUACAACUUUAGCUUUGCGAGAGAACAUAUUGCGAGUUAAUGGAAGUGAUAUCCGUCCUUGGUGGGUAUGCCAUCACUAUUGUGCCAUGCUGAUGGCUCUGGUGAGCCUCACAUGGGGGAUUAAGGGACAACCUGAUUGUGCCCGCAAACAGAGAGGUGUCGAGUUAUUUCUGUGCUGGGCUGUGAUGCAAGGUUUUGCCAUGAUGUUGCAGAACAGAUAUCAACGUCAAAGACUAUAUACUCGAAUUGCUUUGGGGAAGGCUAAAAGGAUGGACGUCGUGUGGGGCGAGACUGCUGGUGUUGAAGGCCAACUAUUGCUGUUGUGUCCCAUCCUUUUUCUCUUGCAGGUCUUUGAGGGUUAUGUUGGAUUUUUACUUCUUCGGACAGCUCAUAAAGGGAUCAUUCCUGAGUGGCAGGUUGUGGUGUGUGGGAUCCUGCUUAUUGCAAUGGCAAUUGGCAACUUUGCAAACACAGUGGACACAUUGAUGGUUAAGUCCAGAUUCAAAGCAAAGAUGAAGAAGUCCAAGAGCAAACGAGAUCUUGCUGCAUGCACGUCACCGACUCGCUCAUCGCUGACAAAUUCGGCAGCUGGAGCUUGA